UCCCCUCCACAGAGAUUUCCCACAUACAGUUUCCUCUGUUUCUUUCACCACCUUGCUAGAGCUGGACUCAGCAUUGAAAAAAAAACCGACUUCGAAACAUGCGACCCUCGUUGCUCCUGCUUCCCACCUUGCCUGUUCUCAUGGCCUGCCUCACCAUCUUAAGCCCCGUCACCGCUGGCAGCGUGUUGACUCGACGAACUGGUGACUUCGAGGUUGGCGUUGCUUACGGUGAUUGCGAUGGGCCAUGGAUAGCAAAACUUACUCCGGGAACCCCCACUCAGUCAAGACUUGUUCUAGUCGGACAGUGCUACGCCGCCCUGGACAUCACCUCCAUGCCGGGGUUCUCUCACCCUAGUGAAGUGGCAAAUUCAGGAUAUGCCGACGAAUUCUGUAUUGUUUUCAUCAAACCCUUGCCUGACGUCUGCAGACUUGUUGUAUAUACAUUGUUCGAUGGAGAUAUCGGCAGCCCUAGGGGUGGCUUUGUGUCAGGACCAAUAGAAGCUGGAGAACAGCGACUCGAAUCUCACCUCAGGAAGCUGGAGGUCCAUUGUGACGAGAAAAAAACUGGGGAAAAACGGGUUUCCGGGGGGUCAGCGCAGCAGAAGGGACCUGGAAAUCCAAAUCGUAAGAAGCAGCGUCUUGAUGGACGAUCACGGAAAUGGCAAUAGGUUUCGUUGACGAAUCGAUGCACAAUUGUUCCUUUGUAGUUGCGAGCCCCCAGAUUGACAAAGCAUUGUGAUGUUUCUUUGUUUUGAUAUACGAAGUUUAAACCUCGGCCAUUUUGAAUAGUUUUAUCAAACGUUUCUCUGCUGGGAGGGCCAAUAUUCAAUUAUUGCGACGCAACCGGGACAAACCCUUGAUCAUCUAAAUUAGCCGGAGUGCUCCUCCCCCACUUGAGAGCCUUUUUAGAAUUAAAGCUGACUGGAAUUUUUGGCACGUGAAAUCCUCGCACUUUCCGUUACACCCAUGUCUUCAGUAUGUUAUAGUUCUCGCUGCAAUCACCUUGAGUGAACCUGAGUUUCAGCACUGCAGACACAACAAUUUCGAACCGAAAGGGACACCUUUGGUGAACUACAAGUUCCAAGCGACAGAUAUUGGGGUGCACAAACUCAACGGU